CACACACACACAUACACACAAUCAGUGUAGCAGAAUUACACACACAGGUCUGACCACAGCUGUGUGUGCCAUAGCAGCGUGCUUUUGGCGUUGAGGCUUGGCAAAUGCGUUUUGAGAUGAUAAUAAUAUGUGUUUUAUGUCUUCUCACCUCAGUUGGAGUGUGGGGCAGAGAUGAUUUUUCAUUCUGGCCUCUGAAAAGUCCCAUUUCAUCUCACUCCUCCCGGAUUAAAAUCUAGGGUUACCUAAUCUCUCUUAAUCUGAACUAAAUCUGUCUAAUCGGCAUAGAAAAUUACACUCACUGAGGUAUAGCCCGCGAAUGAUCAGCAGAGAAACCUCCUGCGCACCGAGACUUCUCCCUGGAGGGCAUUUGAACGCUGCACACGUUGCACUGGGCAAUUUGUUACGUACAAAGACGGAUCAGACACUAUUUUUUUUUUUUUUAAGAAAACCCUAUUCGAAAUUGUGUAGGAAUUUCUCCCCGUGUAGUUCUCGCAUUGUCUUGUUUAAGCGCGUCAGGACGUGGAGGCUGGCACACAAAGAGCCGCCAGAAAAGAUCAUUAUGCAGAGUUUUUGGUUAAGAAUUUAGGUUUUGCUACCUCCGUUCAUAUCAGAGAUGAUGGAGGAAGAGCGAGAGAGAUAGAAGGUAUAGGAGAGAGAGAGAGAGUACGGGAUUUCGCUGUAAUCAUGUUCGGAGAGUAGGCUAUUGAUUUCGUGAGCGCACUCCAAUUGGCAGCAUCUCCACUACAGCGCCGGCGCGUCAUCCUCGGUUCACAUCGACAGAACGAGUUGUAAGCAAAUGAGAACAUGUGUGGGAUCUGAGAGAGAGAGAGUGAAAAGGCAAGAGGGGUAGAGGGGAGCAAGAGGAGGAGUGAUAAAAGCCAGUUUUAUCAACCUGACAAGUGGAUACGAAAUUUGAUUGCUGGACUGUUUUUUUUUUUUCCUUUUAUAUUUUUCAGACUGGGAAUUUAUCGAUUCGUCACAUGCGUACGCCUUUUCAUUAUAAUUGCAGACAGUUGGGUGCUGUUCAGGCUGAAUGGACUUGAAUGUGCCGCUGCCAGCUUAAUCCGUGCAGACUGGAAGAUUUAAUAAUUCACGGUAAUCACGCAUUAUCGCCUCAGUGGAUGCACUCUACGCAGCCCUGGUGAUCCCCCCCCCCCCUUUCCCUAUUCUUCCUGUUGUCUUCUGGAGGAUUUAACGUCGACUGCUUGGCAAAUAUGCCCCUUAUCUGAAAUAUCAUCUGUUGCUGCAACUGGAUUGAAAAGCCCCCAUGACUGGCUCUGACAAGCGUUUGAGACUGACUGUCUUGAGUCUGACUGUUGAAUAAGGGACAUUUUCAUCAACGUUUGAUAAUUUACUCCAGGUAAAAUGGACGAAAAAUUGUUAUUACUUUUACUACUUCUCUUAUCUCUCCACGCGAUGCUGUGAUUUUGCUCGUGUUCACCAUGAUUCUUCUACUCCGUUGAAUUACCUCUUAUUGAUUCAGACUGUAACCUUAACAGAGGCAUUACGAGGUGAAUUUCAACGUGAAUUUCGUUGAAGACAGCCGGAUACGGGGAUCGUGGAGGUAUUCCCUUCAACUGCUCCUCAUUUGACUCGUUCCGUUCUCAACCGAAGGGUAAAUGUUGAUGAUGGAGGACGACGAAUUAGACGCUCAUCAGGUUGAUUCCGAUUUCGAGCCGCAAAGCCGGCCUCGCUCAUGCACCUGGCCGCUGCCUUGCCCGGAGGAUUUCCCCGGUGGACACGAGGUCAGCGGGGGUCUUCCACUGGCCAACAUCAAGGUGGAACCAGAGGACGUCCCGGCUUGCAGAGCGGGGCUCGUGGGCGGAACGCCAGGAGAGCUGAAGCAUCCAGCCGGCGCCCCGGCACCCACAGGCGCGACGCACCCAUGCCUGACUGGCGCGGCGCUCGAUGUGACCGGACCGCUGCGCAAAGCCAAAUCCUCGCGGCGGAACGCGUGGGGGAACCAGUCUUACGCGGAUCUCAUUACCCGCGCCAUUGAGAGCACCCCAGAAAAGAGACUCACGCUGUCACAGAUAUACGACUGGAUGGUCCGUUAUGUGCCCUAUUUCAAGGAUAAGGGUGACAGUAAUAGCUCAGCUGGCUGGAAGAACUCCAUUCGACACAAUCUGUCCCUACACACACGUUUUAUCAGGGUGCAGAAUGAGGGAACAGGGAAGAGUUCUUGGUGGAUGCUGAACCCAGAUGGAGGGAAGAUGGGCAAAGCCCCCCGCCGGCGAGCGGUCUCCAUGGACAACAGCACCAGAUAUCUAAAAACCAAAGGCCGCAUCAGAGGCAAGAGGGCUGGCCGUCCUGUGAUAGGAGCGGCGUCUGCUGUGGUGGGGCUCCAGGGUUCCCCUGACCAUGGCAGCCCACCACGGAAAGGCCUCCAAGGUUCCGGAGGUGCAUCUGGGACAGAUGGAGAGUUUGACGCUUGGACAGACCUCCAUUCCAGGGCUAGUUCAUCAGCUUCUACCCUGAGUGGACGCUUGUCACCUAUCCUUGCAGAGGGAGAGCCAGAGGAACCAGAGGAGGGUGGUCUGUCUUGUUCCACCUCCCCGCAUCUUUACCCUUCACCGACCACUGCACGCUCUCCAUCCAUGGGGGCAGGGAAUCGCUGUCCUCCCUUGGAGCAGCUGCCUCAGCUAGCAAACCUGACAGGUGCCAUCAGUCUGGAUGAGCAACUGAUGGAGGAUAGUUAUCAUCACCAUCACCCAUCUCAGCAGCAACAUCAGCAGCAUCCAGUUGUUGGCAGACAUAAGCAACAAACCCCUGUCUACCACUAUAGCUCUGGAGUAAAGGGGCAGAGCCCCUAUGGCGCAGGUGUCUAUGGCACAACAGGUAUGGGGAUGUUGUGCCAUCACUCACCCAUGCAGACCAUUCAGGAGAACAAGCCAGCCAGUUUCUCUGGAACCAUGCGGGCAUAUUCCAGCACUAAUGCCCUGCAGAGUCUGUUAACAGGGGGUCCAGCUGGGCAGCAAUACUGUUCCAAGGACAUGAUGCUGGGACAGGAGAGGGAAAGCCAUCCUAUGAUGGGUCAAGCUAGUAAUGGAGUAGGCUCUAACCAUCACAGACACCACCCUGGCCACCACAAUGGCCACAGCCACAGCCACAAUGGACCUCUUAGUCACAGCUCAGCUCAUAGCCAUAACAGAACUCACAGCCAUAAUCAUAGUCACAACAAUGUAACCAACCACAACCACAACUCACCUCACAACCUCGCUCACAACAGUCACAACCUCAGCCAGAGUCAUAAUCACACACCGCCUCGGGCUGUGGCCCUGACCCCACGCGGAAACAGCAAUCAGCUGCACACCUACAACCACAAAGCUCCCUACCUGUACAGCCCGCCAUCACAUGCCCACCUCCCAGCUUCUACCACCCUCCCCCCAAACCCAGCAGGUAUGCUUGGCAUGCCCCAGGACUCCUGCCAUGUGGCCACCGCCCCACACCCUCGUCACAACCAUUACCCUGACCCACAACACCAAGGCAUGACUAACGGACCAUAUCACCAUGGCCAAGGUAUGGGGAAUGGUAAUGUAGGUAGCAACUACCAUGGCUAUCACCAACCUCACCCCCAUGAGAGACUACCAGCUGAUCUGGACAUUGACAUGUUCCAUGGCAGCUUGGACUGUGACGUCGAGUCCAUCCUCCUCCAUGACAUUAUGGACUCUGGGGAGGAGAUGGACUUUAAUUUUGACUGUUCCCUUGCCCAGGGGGUGGGCAUCGGCAUGGGUAUGGGCAUGGGUGUGACUAUGGGCAUGGGGAUGGGAAUGAGCGGUUUGGCUGGUCCACAGCAAGCCCAUAGCAACCAGAGCUGGGUGCCUGGCUGAAGCUUAGGACAACAUAUCCUACCCCCUGAAUGAACUUCACUCCCCAUGAAGCACUGUGCUCAACUGUGACAUUCCUGACUUGACACAGAGACUAUAGGACCAACGCUCCCGUCUCUCUUUGUUGUCUUGACAAUUCUUCUGUCACCCUAUUCUCUUUUGACCUCCCCCCCCGAGAGAUAUAGUACAUGUCACAUUAUGUUUUUCUUCAUAUCAGCUAUACUGUGAUGACAAUCUCUCAGCUGUGCUUGCCCAACAUCGCUUCUCAUCUACCAUGAGAACUGAACUCUCAAUGCACUUUAUUGCAAGUGGGGCACAUCUUGCAGUGCAAUGCGUUCACAGAGCAGCUCAGACAGAGCUUGGCAUGUUUUCUAAGGUGGCUGCAGGACUUGUCAGCAACAAAUGAGGAAAUGAGGAAAUCAUUGAUUAAGUGUCAGAUUUUGGCAUUGAAUUAAAAUUAGACUGCUUUUCUCAUACGCAGUCAGUGUCAGUGGAAUGAAUAGUAAUUUUCAGAAAAUUCUUUGUUGUUUUGUGAUCCUCAUUUUUUAAAAUUCAUUGUUACCUCAAAUCCUCAGACAUCACCUCCUCACUCACCUUAAUUUAAAAAUAUGAAUUACUAAAAUGCUAUUAAAUUUAACCCAGAUUUGACAAUGGUUUGAAUGGAUUUACAAUAUAUACAAUACAAUAUAUUUAAAUAAAUAAUUCUGUUAUCUGAAAACCAGUUUGAAUUACUAUUACAUUCAUAUGUGUUAUAUUAGAUAUAAUUAAUUCUCUGACAUCAGCAGUCCUGUUAUUUAUAGCUUCAUGCAAUUAGUCCUUGGCGCUUUGACUUCUCUCUUGGAUGUAACAUUUUGUUAAUGCCCUUUUCCCAUCGGUUAGAGAAUCAUCUUUACAUCGUUAAACGGAUUCUAUCAUUACUGGCUUGCAGUUUGGUAAAUUAAAAUGCUGUAUCACCUUGUCUCACCUGGCCUUCUUGUGCCAGUUUUUUUCUCUCUCUCUCUCUCUUAGUCUCUCUCUCUCUCUCUCUCUCUAUCUCUCUAUCUCUCUAUCUGCUUGCCAGUGGAGACAAAGUGACCAUUCCUCACACCAAGCCAUUAAUGUUGCUUGAUUGAAAUUCAGCAUCUUGCUUUUAAUCUCCGAAGUGAUGCGGCAGCAAUACGUCAUUAUUGAGAAUCUAGAGCUUUGUCCUCCCAUCUCUCACCUCGACCGUCCGGGUUCGCCGCCUGCCUCUCCCACUCAAUGUGCCAAGAAAGCGAGACAAAACUGUGAUUAACGCCAAGUCACUCUGCCUGCUGUCCUGCUCUGAGAAGGGCCACUGUUCCUGUCCACUUGCCUGCUCACAGAGGGUACAAAAAGGAAAAGAUGGAGACAAGGAGAGAACAAAAGACUAUUGUUACAGUGGGAUCAAUCAUCAGCCUCAGUUUCCAUGCUCUUUGGGUGUGUGUGUCUGAAAACACGUAGUGUAUUUGUAUUGUAAAUCAUCUCCAUUAUCUGUGUUUUGUGUUCCCCUGUUCCCACGUUUUCAGUGCUUUUGCCCUGAGCCUCAAAUACUCAAAUAGGUGCAAAGGGAGAGAUUUAAGGAGAAAACAAUCAGCCAAUCUAAGUGGCAUAAGUCUAUGUCAAACAGGGUUAUCAUGCCCCACAGCCAUGCACAUCCAUGUUUUGUGUGUUUAUUCUGUUGUCUUGUAGUUGUUGUUGUAUUAUUGAAAUUCUACGGACCAACAAGGACAGCGCUGAAGUAUCCAUAAUGUAAGGAUGGAAUUCAAUGGUGAAACAAUGUUGGUUGUGCAGUAUGACCUUCCUAUGCUCCGAUACCGUGCACCCCUCCCACAUGUUCUCUGCUUAACUGUCUCUGUGUUUGUGAGUGGGGAAGUCUGACGUUUGUUUCUCACUGGCCUUGAGAGAGAAAAAAAGAGGACACCCCUAUUCUCUAGUUCCCUCAAGGAGACUCUGUGCUUGGUCUGUACCAAGCACGGCACACAAAGGAAAAGGGGGGUGGGUGGGGUUAUUAUGACAGCCAAAGGUCAAGCACGGCACUGACUAUCAGACCCAUUACUGAGGUAAAUACCUUUAUUUCAGGGCCUUUAGCCGCGCUGGUUCCAGUUAAUCUCUGUGGAAAAUGUGUGGAAUUUUCUAAGCAAAUGGGCCUCACAAAGCAGUUGUGUUAUAACCUAUGCUACAGACAUUUAGCAAUGUCCUGCUAUUGGAAAGAGAGCUAUAUAUGAUGUCUAAUUUUCCUAUAUUUAUUUAUGAAGAAGAUUGGUCUUUGUCACUCUUAAAUGUGGUAGUUGUUUGAGUCAACUCCUAUCCCCUUCCUCUUUUUUUCUCUGUUUUUUAAGAUGUCACUCUCCCUUUGCCCCCUUUACUGACUUUUAUUUUGUACAAAAUCUAUAUAUUAAGAAUAUUGUAUAAUAGUUUUUAAAAUCUCAAAAUAAUAAUAACAGUUUUGUUGUCUAUUUCUUUUUUAAGAGAAUGUAUCUCAUCAUCUGGUGACUGUUAAAUAAAUGAAAUUAAAAGAAAGAAUGUCUCUGUCUU